GAGCUCUAGCGAAGUGAAGCUCCAGCACGAGCUCAUUCACUGGGCAGAUCGAGAGGCUAUAGAGAAUAUGUGCCUCCAUCAUCAUACCUUCUAUAAGACACCGCGGGGGUCAGGCGCUCUCCGAAGGGACGCGGACAGCUGAAUUUGAAUCGCGGACUUUAACUCUCAACCACUGGACUAUCUGUGAGCUGAACACUGAGACGUGAAGCUCCCCCCAAAAAAUGAGCUUAUAUUUGAAAAUCGUUACUGGACACAUGAGUUGCUAAAUAAUAAAACAAAUCAUCAUUGCGCGAUGGACAGCUGAGGGCAAGUUGGACCUGGACUUGUUCCAUGCGUCUUUUUGCGCGGUGGGCUCUUCGGUGCCAGGAAAGCCUUUAGAGAAGUGCUGCAAAACUGGGUGGUUUUGUUUGAUCCACAAAGCACAAAUAACUUGGCCAAGUGGAGCUACAAAGACUCCUGCGCUGCGUAAUUUGGAUACACUGAAGAAGAACAAAAUGCUGGCCAGGAUUGUUUUCGUUUGCUCCUUCUUUGCUGGUGCUAGUUUUGGAGAUAAUGAGUCCAAGGUGUUGUACGAUGGAGCUUGCAAAUCUUUGUGCACCUGUGAAGAGACAGAUGGACAGUUGUACAUAAACUGUGAGGAGAGCAACAUAAGCAAAAUGUCAGAUGUUGAAGUACCGCCAGAUAAACCUUUUCAUCUAAAUCUAUACAAAAAUGACUUAGUGGAGUUAUUUGCAACGGAUAUGAAUGCUUUCAAGAACGUCGUCACCUUACAUCUCGGUGAAAACAGCAUACAGGAGCUUGAACCUGGUGUGUUCAGUGCGCUGGGAUCCCUGAGAAAGUUGCACAUAAACAGAAAUUACCUGGUCAUGCUGAAGGAGGACACAUUUCACGGCUUAGUAAAUUUGGAAUACCUUCAGGCGGACACCAACUUCAUCCGGGUCGUGGAGCCUGGGGCCUUCAGCAAGCUUGUCCGUCUUAAAGUUCUGAUCCUCAAUGACAAUGAGAUCGAGUUCCUUCCGAGCAACAUUUUCCGCUUUGUGCCUCUGACACAUUUGGAUCUGCGUGGAAACAAGCUGCAGACACUGCCGUAUGUGGGUUUCCUGGAGCAUAUUGGUCGUAUCAUUGAGCUCCAGUUGGAGGAGAAUGACUGGUUGUGUAACUGCGAAAUCUUACAUUUAAAGGUCUGGAUUGAGAACAUGCGAGCGCAGUCAUCCAUUGGCGAGGUGGUUUGCAACAGGCCUGAAAAUCUUAGGGGCAACUCUUUGGCUAGGGUCAAAAGGGAUUCACUUUGCUCCUCUCAUGCUGACAUCAACCUCGAAGAGCCAUCUAAGUCUCUAGACAUGGUUGUCACCCCAUCCACUAAGGUUGUUCAGAUACCGAAUGCAAAAGAUGAUGCAAAGAUACCUACACCUGCAAACGGCCUAGGUCCUUGUGUCAUUGUGGGUUUUUUAAUGCACUGUGAGGACCGAGGCAUUCAAAGGAUAUCUGAUCUAGGCAUUCUUGAACAAAGCCCAACCAUGCUGGUUUUGACAGGAAAUAUGAUACAAAGACUUUUCAAAUAUGAUUUUGUGACAUACGACAGUUUGGAAUUGCUCAAUUUGGCAAACAACCAAAUAGACUACAUUGACAAUGAAACCUUUCUGAGUUUGAGCAACCUGAGAAAGCUGCACCUGAAUGGAAACAGGAUAGAGAAAAUAUCGGCAACAAUGUUUCUUGGCCUUCACAACCUGGAAAACUUGUACUUGGAGUAUAAUAUGAUCAAAGAGAUUGAGGCUGGAUCGUUCAACCCUUUGACAAAUCUAAAGCUCCUGUACCUAAACAACAACAGACUCAAAACUCUCCCUGCACAAAUAUUUCGUAAUGUGCCCUUGGUGAAAUUAAACCUAAGGAAAAAUGUCUUUACGCACUUACCAGUGAGUAAUGCAUUGGACCAGCUUAAAUAUUUGGAGCAGAUUUACCUUGAGGACAAUCCUUGGGACUGCACUUGUGAUUUGGUCAGCCUCAAACAGUGGGUGGAAAAGCUUAGCAAGGAAACCGUGGUGGGUGCCAUCUUAUGCCACACUCCUAAAAAACUGUCUACUGCUGAGGUCAGAAACCUGAAGCACGAUGUUCUCUGCCCCGGCUUGGUAACCUAUAAGUCCUUACUUGGAGGCACCGAGGACGUUAUCCCAGUCACGACUGCGCCGGAGGGCGGCACCAGCGGCUUCUUCCGGUCCAUUACAGAUGCAGUGCCACUAUCGGUACUCAUCCUCUGCCUUCUCAUCCUCUUCCUGACCGUCAUUUUCUGCGCUGCCGGGAUUGUCGUGUUUGUGCUACACCGUCAGCGGAGACAUGCCAAAAAGAAACAGGCCGAGGAGCAACCUCGCGAGAGCAGUCCCAUCCACCUGCACUACAGCAUGUAUGGCCAGAAAACCACCCACCACGUAACUGAAAGGCAAGGACCCAGCAUGUACGACGAACCUUCCCAUAGCCCCAUCAUUCAGGUCUGCAGGAACCCCAGUUACUGCUCUCAGCACAAAGACUACGAGUUAGACGACUACGAUAGUGAUAAACCUAAGCGCAUCUGCCAUAGCAUCCUUGACAAGGACAAUGAAUCCCUCCCUAACGUGAAGUUCAGGGCCGUCACCGACUACCCCACUGAGUUUGUAAGUUUGGGAGACGCGAGCUCCUUGUACAAGAACAUCUUAGAAAGAGAACGGGAGCUCCAACAGCUCAGCCUCACCGAAUACCUCAGGAAAAACAUAUCACAGCUCCAACCAGCUGUGGACAUGCAAGUCCCCAACCACCACAAAGAGCUGAAACUAAUGGAAACUCUCGUUUAUACAAGGCCGAGGAAGGUCAUGGUGGAACAGACUAAAAAUGAGUACUUUGAGCUCAAAGCCAAUUUACAUGCUGAACCAGACUAUUUAGAAGUCUUAGAGCAUCAAACGACUUUCAACUGAGAUAAGUACACUGUAUAUUUUGAUUUGACAAAUGAUACUCCAAGUGCCUUGACAGUCCAUUCUGAUUUCUGAUUUAGCCCCAGAGAUAUAAUACAGCAACAUCAGAGUAGAGGCAAUUCUCAUGAUACAAUCAUUUGACGCUGACACAAGGUCUAAUUUCAGGUGGACCUUUAGCUCUAGCAUGCUAUUGGACAUUGCAGAUGAUGGAUUCUACAUUCUAACAAAAUUCCGAUCACACAGAAAGAGUCACAGAGUUGGACAAGAUUGGCUUUGAUACCAGAACUUUUCUUUUGCAUUGUGGUUAAUGCAUUCUCUUUAUGUUUGCUAGAUGGUAGGGGAGACUAGCAUAGAGUCACUUUACAUUUCUAUCUGUGUAUCUCUUAUUAUGUACGUGGCAAAUCUUUAAGCUCUGUUUAUCUGUAGCAAUGGAAGAAAACAUGUUUUCUUUCUUUUUUUUCUGUCAGACAGAACAUUUCUGGUUAGUUAAAACAUUCCCUGAUUUGCUAAGCUUUGAAUUAAACAUGCCCAACACAGUUUUUGUUCAUUAAAUAUUAAAUAAUGGUGGUACUUAGAUCUCAAGAUGUCUGAGAAUUGUAUUUAUUAAUAAGUAAGGCGUCAUCAACAGCAAGUAGAUUGCCAAGUUGCUAUUGUUUUGACCCCGAGGUCAGUCUUUAUGACUGGGCUCAUUUAUCAUGCCUGAAAUUGGCGUCUCACCUGAAAUUAUCAACACGCCUGGAGAGUUAUGUCAUACAGACCCACUUGCUCAGGCCUCCACUGCUUCUGAUAUGGACAAAAACUCUGCUGGGCAUCGAUGGAGAAAAUGAAAAGAAAAUAAUUGCACUACUCAAAAUGCUAUUUAAAGGUGGUUGAUGACAAUCACGUUGUGGGGCCGCACAGUCUAUGCCAUUUUUUCCCAUAGGAAAACUGAGUAGUGUAGCUUCUGGUUUGUAAAAUAAUGUUGUUUAAAGUUCCUUUCGACACAAAUCAUAUUUUAGUUUUUUUC